AUGGCCCUUCAAGCUCUGCGGUCUCAAUGGAGCUACUCCCGCGUUCCCGCUGACGAUGCGUCCAAGUCCGCCUUGCCUUCGCCAAAAAGGACCCGGCCGAGCCUAUCCGAGGUCCUGUGCUCGAAGCGCUUUCGCGCAGUCGUGGCCACCGUUGUUGGAAUACUCUUUGUGACGUUGGUCUUCCAAAACCCGGACCGGGUCCCGGCAAUACGGUCGUCCGCCUCAUCCGGAGUCGGCGCUGUGCCCGGGCAAGACCAUGUUGACUGGUCUCGGUUUGCGUACGUGCAGUACGUCACUGACUCGCACUAUCUCUGCAACUCGGUCAUGUUCUUCGAAAGGUUGGACCACGUGGGAAGCAAGGCAGACCGUGUCAUGAUGUAUCCGUCCUCCAUGCUCGACCCCCAAGCGACCGAGGGCGACACAACGGAUGCGAGACUUCUCAUCCGCGCGAGGGAUGCUUAUGGGGUCAAACUGGUACCUAUCGUUGUCCAACAUAGGGACAGCGCGGAUUCGACGUGGGCUGACUCCUUCACCAAACUGCUGGCCUUCAACCAGACGCAGUACGAACGCGUCCUGUCGCUUGAUUCUGACUCCACUCUCCUCCAAAACGUGGACGAGCUCUUUCUCCUGCCGCCCGCCCCCGUGGCCAUGCCCCUGGCCUACUGGUUGUACCCGGAGAAGGACAUCCUUUCUUCCCAGGUCAUGCUCGUGACGCCGAGCGCCGCCGAGUUCGCGCGCGUCAAGGCAGAGAUCGACAGCGCCGGGCAGAACGACUACGACAUGGAGAUCGUGAACACCCUGUACAGGAACAGCGCCUUGAUCAUCCCCCACCGCCCUUACGACCUCCUGACGCGCACCAUCGGAGGCGACCACAUGGCCGAGUACCUCGGGAACGCCAACGAGGCCUUCGACGCCGUCGCCGUCUACAACGAGGCGAAGUUCCUCCACUUCUCCGACUGGCCGGUGCACAAGCCCUGGCUGUACUCCCCGCCGGAGCUCGUGCAGGCGCAUCAGCCCAAAUGCGUGGCCAAGAACGGGGCCGAAGACUGCACCACGAGAGAUCUGUGGCUCGGCUUUUACACAGACUUUAGGGACCGUAGAAAGGUGAGCUCGCAAGAACAUGAAAACACAGGACCCUUGGUGUACACGGAAGACUAA